AUGCCUCUAGAAGCAGCCGUAGUAGUUUUGGAUAACUCAGAAUUCUCUAGAAAUGGUGACUUAGAGCCAUCUAGAUGGAAUGCUUAGCAAGAAGCCAUUGAAUUGUAUAUUAAUGUAGUUAUUGAUUCAAACAUGGAAAGUGGAAUGGGAUUGAUUUUAGGAGGUGGUAAAUAAGUGAGAUUGUUGAUGACUCCUACAAAUGAUAGAGAUUUAAUCUAGGGAUAAUUCCAUAAAACGAGAUUAGAAGGCAAUUUAAAGUUUUCUGUUGCAAUUCAAUAGGCAUAAUUGGCUUUGAAACAUAGAAUCAAUAAACAAUAGCAUUAACGUAUAGUGGCAUUUGUUGCAAGUCCAAUUGAAGAAGAAGUAGAUACUUUAGUCAAUCUUGCAAAAAGGUUAAAGAAAAACAAUAUUGCAAUUGAUUUAAUCAAUUUUGGAGAGUAGAAUGAAGAUCAUCUGAAGAAAUUGAAAACAUUCUUUGAUAAUGUAUAGAAAGGAUAAUCUUCAAAAUACAUUAAUAUUUUACCAGGAAUGAGUGCCACAGAAACCCUAUUUUCAUCCUUAGGAAAUAAUUCGGAUUUUCAAGCUGAACCUGGAUAAGAGCAAUAAGCUCCCUAAUAACGAACAGGUGGAUAAUUCUCUGAAUAUGGUGGAAUCGAUCCAAAUUUAGAUCCAGAACUAGCCAUGAUAAUGAAAAUGAGUCUUGAAGAAGAAGCUUAAAGAUUAUAAUAACAAUUAACAUAACAAUCAUAACCUUAACAAUAAUAAUAAUAACCUUAGUAAUAAUAAUAAUAAUAAUAACCUUAACAAACUUAAUAAUAAAAGGAAAAGAUAUAAGAAGAAAAGGUAGAAAAUGGCAUUGAAGAAGAGAAUGAUGAGUUAUUAGAGUAGGCCAGAUUAUUGAGUAUGUAAGAAGAAUAGCCUGAACAACCAGAAUAACCUAAAUAACCCAAUUAAAAUGCAUAACCAUAAGACCAGAACACUUAGAAUUAAUUAUUCCAAGAUUAAGACUUCCUUGAUGAAUUAUUAGAUGAUGUUAAUAAGGAUGAAGAAUAAGAAGGUCUCCUCAAAAAAGAUAAUGAUAAAUCUAAGAAGGAUUGAUACAACAUAUAAUAUAAUAUAAACGACUUAUAUAAUAUAAUUGA